AUGCCUACGCUAGUUGGAAAAGAAAUCGGACCUACGGGGUACGGGUUGAUGGGCCUGACCUGGAGGACGGAACCCGUCUCGGACGAGAAGGCUUUCGAAGCGUUGAAGGCCGCGCUGAAAAAUGGGAUGAACUUCUGGAACGGUGGCGAGUUCUACGGACCGCUCGAACGAAAUUCCCUCGUACUGCUGGAGCGUUACUUCGCGAAGUACCCCGAGGACGCCGAAAAGGUCGUGCUUAGUAUCAAAGGCGGCAUGGACCCCAACGGACUUGGACCUGAUGGUUCACCGGAGGGCACUCGUCGGUCUAUCGACACCUGUAUUGCCCAACUCAAAGGCCGCAAGAAGAUUGACAUCUUCGAGUUUGCACGCCGUGACCCCAAGGUGCCUUUAAGUGUAACCUUUGGAGUUAUCGAGAAGGAGUAUAUCCAAACGGGUAAGAUUGGAGGCAUCUCGCUUUCCGAAGUUAGAGCUGAGACGAUCCAUGAGGCCGUGAAGGUAACAAAGAUCGUGGGGGUUGAGGUCGAACUCUCGCUAUUCAGCAGGGAAAUCCUCGACAACGGUGUAGCCGACGCAUGCGCACAGUACGAUAUCCCGAUAAUCGCUUACUCGCCCGUUGGCCGAGGUUUCUUGACAGGCCAGAUAAAGUCGCUAGAUGACGUGAAGCCGGAGCUCCGGUCCUGGCCGUGGUUCCAGCCGGGCAACUUCGAGGUCAAUCUGCAGCUGGCGUCACAGGUCGAGGAGCUGGCCAAGAAGAAGGGUGUGACACCAGCCCAGCUAGCUAUCAACUGGACCAUUCGCUUGUCAUCAUGGCGUAAAGGCGCCCCUAAGACCAUUAUCCCGAUCCCUGGUGCCACGACGGUGGCCCGUAUCGACGAGAACGGCGUACAGGUAGAUAUCUCGGACGAGGAGAUGGCUCAGAUCGAUACUACGCUCUCUAAAUUCAAGCCUAGCGGCGGCCGGUACCCGGACGUUGUUCCUGUUAACACGUAA